UCGGCCGACCGACGAAAGAUGGUUUCUCCACCAGUGUUGCCUACUUCAAUCCCUACGAGCAGAACACCAUCUCCGAUUAUAUCGACGACAACGAGACGAAGUUGGGUCGGAACGAGCUGUACCUGGGCAGCAAAUGCAUGGAAGGGGCCCACAAGCUCAAUGCCAAGCUCGGCGACAACGGCGACACCCAGUUCAGUUUGGACGAGAAGCAGGAGGUCGUCGACAGCUUCCGCGGCACCCGCAUGUGGUGGAAACUGUCCAAGGCUUCCGAUGACUAUUCCUUGUAUGGACGUAAGAUCCAACGGCGCAACUACAUGCUGGUAUUUCACAAGCGCCACCGUCAGCUCGUGCAAGACUCAUAUCUCCCUGAAAUCCUCCAGCAAGGGCGCGCGCUCACCGCCAAGAACAGGCAGAGGCGACUGUACACCCACCACGAGAACCAUAUGAGCACGUGGACCCACGUCCCGUGGAAGCACCCGGCGACGUUCGACACGCUCGCCAUGGACCCCGGCAAGAAGGAUGAGCUCAUAGAAGAUCUCAAGAUGUUCCAGAAGGGAAAGGAGUACCACUCCAAGGUCGGCAAGGCGUGGAAGCGAGGAUACCUGCUAUACGGUCCGUCCGGAACAGGCAAGUCCAGCACGAUCUCAGCAAUGGCCAACUUUCUCAAAUAUGACGUCUAUGACCUCGACCUAACGACCGUCACGAACAACACCGACCUGCGGAACCUCUUCCUCCAGACAACAGAGCAAUCCAUCAUCGUCAUUGAGGACAUUCAUGCGAUGGAAUUGGAGGAUAAACGCAUGAGCACAGACUUCCAGUGGUACUAUGAAAGAAAGAAAAUAACGCUGUCGGGGCUGCUCAACUUUAUUGAUGGGCUGUGGUCAGCAUGUGGCGGUGAGCGGAUCAUCGUGCUCACAACCAACCACGUUGAUAAGCUCGAUCCGGGACUGAUCCGCCGGGGGAGGAUGGACAAGCACAUCGAGAUGUCCUACUGCCGGUUUGAGGCCUUCAAGGUGCUCGCCAACAACUACCUAGACAUCACCGAGCACCCAUUGUUCACCAAAAUCCAACGACUGCUCGACGAGACUGAUAUGACGCCGGCGGAUGUUGCCCAUAACCUCAUGCCUCAGGGCAAGAGGAAGAGGAACACGAACAAAUGCUUGACAGGAUUAAUACAAAAGCUGAAGAAGGCCAAACUGGAAUCUGGAACGCGCCUCUCCCGAGGCCGAGUCCUACCGACAGGCCAUCAAGGUAUAAUCUAAGGCAGAAGAGAGCUACACCGGGGAAUAUAUGUUGAGUGGGAUCGAUGCUGGCUCUUGUGUGGUGGGGAAUUGCCUAGCAAGCUAGCUAGCUGCAUCUUUCUGUGUUUUUCUGUUACAAUGCAUUUUCGUGUUUGUUUAGUCGGUUAAACUCUGCAGAGUCAUAGCCUAAAUAAACCCACUUUAAUUACCACUUACCAGUAAUAUGUACUGCAGGUCUCCAUCCUUUUUAAUUUGCGUGUGUUAGGAGACGCACAAGUGUGGUGUGUGAUAAAUAAACUGGCGAGUCAUACAUAACUACUCAGUGUAAAACUACUUAUGUACCUUAUACUUCACGUUCUAGAAUUUGUGUUCUCAACCUUAUUUUGUAAAAAAACUGCAUUGACGGACGCUUUUGUAAUAUUGUUAUUUUAUUGUAACACCUAAUUAACAAAAUGUAGUUGGAGUUUAAUCUUACUUAAUUACUUAAGAUCUUAGCCUAAACAUGAUCACCUUUGUUUAAUGCGAAAAUUGAUCUAACUGACCUUAUUUGUGA